GCACAACGUGACCGUCUUCUCCGUCGCGAAGCAGCGCGUUUGGGAGGUGGAGCGCGAGGUGUACAGGAUACGCGCGUGAGCUCCGCGAGCUUUAUCCUGAACAAAUUCACUUUAGCGACAGCGUCCUCGUCAGGACGCGCGACCUUUCGAACGCGCCGGGGUCGUCGACGUGAACGAUGAAGUUCCUCGAGGACCCGUCGCUGAGCAGGAUCAACGCGUUCUUCAACCACGUCAACGUCGGCGAUUACGCCGUCAUAGGCCAGCUCGAGGCGUAUUCAUGCAAACUCGCGGGCGUGGACAAGAAACUCUCCGCGAGCAUCGACCAGGACGUCGUCGAGAUGAUGGCCGGGUCCCCCUCGAACCUAUCCUCCUCCCCCGUGGGCCCGCUCACGGAUCCCUCCUCGCGGAAGACGCUCAUCUACCUCAUCCUGACGCUGAAUCACGCGUACCCGGAUUACGACUUUAGCGCGCUGCGCGGGCACCACUUCACGAAAGAAAACUUACACACCGGCGUCGUCAGGGUGCAGCAGGACAUCGAUGCGCUGCUGCUCGAGUGCGCGAAGGUGUACGAAGCGCAGGAGGGCGGCGCCGAGUCGGGCGGUUUAUCCGCGGAGCUGUGGAAAUCCAUCGACGACGUCAUCGGACUCGUCGACUGCGACGCGUACACGUACAAGGCGGUCGCGGAGGGGGAUCCGUUCACGGACGAGGGAAACCUGUGGUCGUUCAACUACUUCUUCUACAACCGGAAGCUGAAGCGCAUACUGUACUUUUCGUGCCGGGCGGUGAGCAAGACCGCGGACGACGACGACGACGGCGGCGGGCCGGGGUGGGCGGACGAGUCGUUCGUGGACGACAUGGACAUGGAGGAGUACUGAUCCGAGCGAGCGCGGAAGCCGGCGAC